CUUAUUCGGUGGUUUACCGGCACUAGCGGGGCCCCAGCGUCUCGCCAAUUCCCUCAGGCAAAAGUUCAACACUAAUUCCGGUUAUCCCCGGCCCGGCCUGAUGCGUCCCGCUUCGAGCACAGCGCCACCAUACACGAUUCCAGAUGUGAUUGAUAUUAGUUCGUACUGAAUAAUCAAGAGUUUGAAUUGUAUUUAAAUGAGAAAAGAUUCCCCUGAGUAAGUUUAAACCUUCGGAGUGGGUGUAUUGGUGAGAUCGAAUAACCUUUGGCCUUGAAGAUCAGCAAGAAAUCAUCAUGAGUUCGUUCAAAGUACCGAUUGUGGAUUUGGAAAUUGGUGAACUGAAGGACAUAAUAUGGGCGAAACUGCAAGAGCCGGGUCCGCAGAAAAAAUUAAUCCUGGUUAUAGUUUCGAUAGCACUGCUGUUGGACAAUAUGUUGUACAUGGUGAUUGUUCCAAUUAUACCAGAUUACUUGAAGUUCAUCGGAGCUUUUGAUAAUCCAGACGGCACACCGAACAACGAUACUGGUCAUCAUGGACAGGAUUCCGCGACAGGUGUUCUAUUCGCAUCGAAAGCAAUCGUUCAACUGAUGGUGAAUCCAUUCUCUGGUGCUCUGAUCGAUAGAAUUGGGUAUGACAUUCCCAUGAUGAUUGGAUUGUGCAUCAUGUUUCUAUCGACGGCUGUCUUUGCUUGCGGCAGAAGCUACGGUGUGUUGUUCUUCGCGAGAAGUCUUCAGGGCGUUGGUUCUGCAUUCGCUGAUACAUCUGGUCUAGCUAUGAUUGCAGAUCGCUAUACUGAGGAGUCUGAGAGAUCAAAAGCCUUGGGUAUUGCAUUAGCAUUCAUCAGUUUCGGUUGUCUUGUGGCCCCUCCGUUCGGCGGAGCACUGUAUCAAUUUGCAGGGAAAGAAAUGCCUUUUCUCAUCCUCGCCUUGGUCAGUCUGGCAGACGGCUUCAUGCUACUCCUCGUCAUGAAGCCACUGAAAGAGCAGCUGAAGGAGAACAGGGCACGAGAACACAUUGAGACUGUGCCAAUCUGGCGUCUGUUCAUGGAUCCUUACAUCGCCGUCUGUGCUGGUGCUCUCAUGAUGUCUAAUGUAGCUCUUGCCUUCUUGGAACCAACAAUUUCCCUCUGGAUGGAGGACCACAUAACCACGGACAACUGGAAAAUGGGAGUGAUCUGGCUGCCUGCGUUCUUCCCUCAUGUAUUCGGUGUAAUAAUUACUGUCAAAAUGGCGAAACAGUAUCCACAGCAUCAGUGGCUGAUGGCCGCUGGUGGACUUGCCUUGGAAGGACUCUGCUGCUUCAUAAUACCUUUCUCAACCUCUUACAAGUUCCUCAUGAUCCCCAUCUGCGGCAUUUGCUUUGGAAUCGCUCUGAUCGACACUGCAUUAUUGCCCACGCUUGGAUAUUUAGUGGAUGUUCGAUAUGUCUCAGUUUACGGCAGCAUCUACGCAAUCGCUGACAUAUCUUACAGCGUCGCUUAUGCUGUAGGACCCAUCAUAGCUGGCGGUGUAGUUGAAGCUAUUGGUUUUACAGCCCUCAAUAUCGGAAUUGCUUUCUCAAAUCUCCUCUAUGCACCUGUUCUGUACUAUUUGAGGCACAUCUACGACUUCAAGCCGUUCCAGGACGAGGCUAAUGUUCUCAUGCAAGACCCACCGGACAAAGAGUAUCAGACUUAUGUCCUGCAGGAGCAAAGACCGAUUUCCGGAGAUGUUGGAAAUCACUUGACGCAGGGGAGGAUGGAGACAGACAUUGAUCAGAGUAUGGAGCAGGGAUAUCAGUCUGGUUACAAUCAGAGUAGUUCUGGCUAUCAGCAGGACAAUUAUGAACAACAAACGUAUGAGCAGCAAUAUAAUCAGCAAAGAUACACUCAACAGAGCACUGGAUAUGGCCAGCAGACAGUUGGCCAGAGGAAUGUUAGUCAAGACUUCAGGGGAAGUGAUACGAGUCAGGAUGCUAAUCCAUUCAGAAGACCGACGGAGCCAGAGCGGCCGUCGGGUGAUAGUAAUCCCUUCAGACAGGGAAUGUACUAGUGUUAUUUAAUGAAUGAAAACAGAUGAAAUAUAUUAAAUAAUCAUGGAAUGCGUUUUCAUGGGAUCUGAUACUAGUCUUCAAGGCAGGCUUCCAAUUCACCGAUCGCGUCUACCUCGGGUGGAAAAAUUCUCAAUUGAAAGCGUGGGGGAGGGUGGGGACGGAAGAGAGAGAGAGAGAGAGAGAGAGAGAGAGAGAGAGAGAGAGAGAGAAAGAGAGAGAAAGAAGAAAUUAACAAGUGAUGUGAUGUUUUCUUUGUUCUUGUGGUGAUAAAAGUGGGGGAGAUUAAAAAAAGUGAUAGAUAAUAGGCAUUAAAUUGGAGAAGUUCGAAAUGACGGAUCGGUUUCCAAAUACAACCAUCUUGAUCAUAAGUCAAUUCGGUAUUUACGGGGAUUUUCCAGUCAGCAAGGGAACUCGUAGAUCACCGGAUGGCAGCUAUAAUUCAGUUCUUUCUUAAUUUUUGAUUUUUGGAUUACGUCAAUGUUUUUGUUGCAAAAACGUUGCUGAACCAGGAUAACAUAUCAGGAGACCGGGAUUAAUGGAAAAUGGCUGCAAUUAUCAGCACCACAACCAACUCCCGGAAUCCAAAAAUUAAAUAAUGAUUAGCAAGUAAGUAAUUAAGUUUAGGAAAAUAAUUGAUGAAAAGGAUAAUACAAAUAAUUAAGAUUAGUAGGUGCUCGAAUACAAAAAAAAACCAGAGUUUAUUAACUUGGGAUUCGAAUAUUUUUUCAUAAUUCUAAGUUUGUUCUCUGGCUCUGGUUGAGUCUGGGUCGGGAGUGCAAGUGCGAAUAUAUGAUUAGGAUUAGAAAAAAUCCGGAUGUUUAAAACACAGGAGGAUUAAAUAUCUGUAUUUUUAUGAGGUUUUUCUAAGUAGAGUUUUGUUGGGGGCUUAGAGGCACCGGCUAGUGAAAUAUCAAGUAAUUUUUUUAGAUUUCUCCUUUUUUCAUUUGAAUACGAUGAAUGAUUGUACGCUGAUGUAAAUUUUUCAUUGAAACUACACGAAUUCACGUACUCUCUGUUAAAACUAUUAGAAAAAGAACCGCAAAACACCAAACAAAUAUCAUUUAGAAACUUGUAAAAGCAAUUUAUCUUCCAGAAUAAUAAAUAACUAUGUAUCGCUCUUUAUUUUCAUGACGAAAACAAUAAAAAAUUGCGUUUGGAUUUUUUUUGCAUUAACAAUGGAGGGUUUAGACGCGCGAAAAUGACGUGCAUGAAAAAUCCUUACCUACUCGUCAAUACUCAUAGGACAUAUUGCGAGUAAUAAAAACCGCAUCGCAUAUACUACGAAUAAUGGCAAUGAAAAAUUAAUAAAUUAUUAUAAACAAAUGCACUUGCAGGAAAGUACGUCUGGGUGCUUGAAAUUUGCAGUGCCUGGUCAAUCCUAAUGAAGCAUCAACUUGCGAAAUGAAAGAAUAAGUAAAUAAAUAAAUGAAAAAAAAAUAGGUAUCUAUGCCUCUACUUGACCUUAUUCGAUGUCGAUGUUGAACUCCCAUUAGUCAGUACUUAUAUAACUGUUGAUAUAUCCAUCUUGAGGUCGGAAAUCGUUUAAUGUACCAAAACUAAUCACCGUAGAGUCUCAGAAAAUAUCAAGGAAAAGAUUGAAAUAUCAUGACUAUAAAUUCAGUAGUGAAUAAUAGAGGAUUAUUCUCCAAUUUCUGUAGAAAAUAAAGAACUGAAGGGAAUAAGGGAGAAAGUGAAAACGUGGGGAAGACCAUUUGUGAUUAGAUUAUAAAAAAAAAUCAGAUUUUCUGAAAUGAAACAUCUGAAUAUUGCCUAUAUAUGCUAUAGUUUCGUUUAAUUUUCCCGUAUCCGAAUCCUCUUGAAAUCCUUGUAAAUAAAUUUUUAAAAAGGCGAAAAGAGUGAAUAUAUAAAAAAACAGAAGCAUAUCUAUCCUCAAUAUCCCACGAGCGUUUGCAAUACGCCUACUGUAACAUAAUGCGAAUGUCGUGGCAACUAACGAUAAAUAUAAAUUUAUUUACUAUGAAUAAAAAGAUAUAUAUCAUAUGAGUUGCUGGAAAUUACCAGAAUUAAUGAAAAUUAAUGAAAAAAAAUAUAUAUAUGAUGAAUUCGUUGCUUGAUGCAAAUAUUUAAGUGUGAAAGAAAGUGAGAAUGAAAGUGAUGAUGGGUCUGAGCUUAGCUCUUCGUUCCAUUAUGAAAUGCAAACAUUUUUGUCCAUUUUUAUUUCGUAUUCUCUCGCUAAAUGAAAGUCAAACUGAUGAAAGUAAUAAUUAUAAAUAAUAUCAAUUUUAACACAAGGGUGAGAAAGUAUAUUCUCGACUGGGACUAAAGUAACGAUUGAGACGAGUAAAUAAAGAAUAUUCAGUGGUAUGCAGUUAUGAAAAUUCAGAGAGUAAAUGAGAAGAAUUUUAGAAAUCCCUUAACGAAAAUGAUGACAAAUGCUAUGUACGAUGAAUUUGCCUGUGCAUUACACCACCUGGCCCGUCAUAAUUCGAUAGAAGAAUUAUACACACUGACACACAAAUAUGCACUAGCAAGGGUAUCUUAUAAAACAACGUGUAUGUAUGUAUAUCUAAUGGAAAAUUUCAAAUUAAGAAAAUGGGGAUAUGAUGAGAAUACCCGAAUAUUCGAUGAUUGGGAAUGUAAUUGGGAUAUGAACAAAAAAAAACACUGUAAUGUUGUUGAACCGAUUAUUAAAGAUGUCAUUGUUACCGAA